UCCAGAGGACCUCCUGCUCACUGAGCUGCACGGACGGCAGGUUCUGAAAGGAAAGAAUUAGCGACACUGAACUCUCCACAACAAAAGCUCAAAUUAAGCUUUUGUCCAAACUGUCUCUACCCCUGGCUGCUGGCGAGGUGGAUGCUUGACUCCCUGGGUGAUCUUUUGGCAGAGUGGUGGUCCAGCCCCUCCUCGGGCGUACGCUCCAGAAACAAUUCCUCGUUUUUGCUGUAUGCACAGGCUGAGACUUUUCCAGAUCUACAGGGAGUGAAUCUCUCAGACCUGGUCCUCGAUGGAUUAUACGCUGGAGCCCAACGUGACCACAGUAACUGACGACUACUAUCCCGAUAUUGAGGCAAGCCCCUGCGAUGGGGAACUUAUCCAGAGAGAUAACAAGUGGGUACUUGCCACCUUCUACUGCAUCUUGUUUGUGUUCAGUCUUCUGGGGAACAGCCUGGUCAUCCUGGUCCUUGUCACCUGCAAGAAACUGAGGAGCAUCACCGACAUCUACCUCUUGAACCUGGCCCUGUCAGACCUGCUUUUCGUCUUCACGUUCCCCUUCCAGACCCACUACCAGCUGGACCAGUGGGUGUUCGGGACCUUAAUGUGCAAGCUGGUCUCUGGGGUUUACUACAUUGGCUUCUUCAGCAGCAUGUUCUUUAUCACCCUCAUGAGUGUGGACAGGUACCUGGCGGUUGUGCACGCGGUCUACGCCAUUAAAGUGAGGACUGCCAGGAUGGGCAUGGCCCUGAGCACGGUCGUGUGGCUGACCGCCAUCAUGGCCAGCAGCCCAUUACUGGUGCUGUACCAGGUGGCCUCUGAGGACGGCAUUCUACAGUGUUAUCCGUCUUAUAAUCGGCAGACUCUGAAGUGGAAGAUCUUUAUCUACUUCGAGAUCAACAUCUUGGGUCUGUUGAUCCCAUUCACCGUUCUUAUCUUCUGCUACAUUAGCAUCCUGCACCAGCUGAAGAGUUGCCAAAACCACAACAAGACCAAGGCCAUCAAGUUGGUGCUCAUUGUAGUGAUUGCUUCCUUACUCUUCUGGGUCCCAUUCAAUGUGGUCCUCUUCCUCUCUUCCCUGUUCAGCAUGAAGAUCUUGGAUGGGUGCGUCCUGAGCCAGAGGCUGGUUUAUGCCACCCACAUCACAGAGACCGUGUCCUUCACUCACUGCUGCGUGAACCCUGUCAUCUAUGCCUUCAUGGGGGAGAAGUUCAAGAAACACCUCUCAGAAAUAUUCCAGAAGAGCUGCAGCCACAUUCUUACCUACAUGGGAAAACGAGUCCCUCAGGAGACCUGGGAAAGGUCCUCCUCCUGCCAGACCCCCUUCCGUUCCUCCAGCACAGACUACAUUUUGUGAGGCGGGGGCUGGAAGCUGGCCUCUGCCUCCCUCCUUGCGCUUCUUUCAGGAGACAAAGGUGAUUUAAGCUGGAGACAGAGGCUAAGUGAAUGGAUACUGUGGUUCCGGGGGCGCCUGGAUGGCUCAGUGGUUGGGUAUCUGGCUUCGACUCAGGUCAUGAAUUCUCUGUUCGUGGGUUUGAGCCCCGUGUUGGGCAUUGCACUGACGCUAUGGAGCCUGCACCUCUCCUGCUCAUAUCUCUCUUUCUAAAAUAAAUAAAUAGUAAAAAAAUUUAAAAAAAAGAAAUGUGGUUACAGACAUAAGGCAUCGCUUCCGAUAGUUAAUGAACUCCUACUAUUGCAAAUGAAUCAUCUCAGCUUCCAAAGAGUUUGUUAUGAUUUUCAGGAAAUAGUCUGUAUAUCUAACUAUUAACAGUAUAAUGUUGACUUCGGGAUUUUUUUCUUAGUUUUUGUGGAGCGUGUAUCACAUAUCAGUUUAAAUUUUAUCAAGGACACCGGGCCUUUUCUUAUCUACUAAAGGGAACAUAUAGUUUUCCUCUAUUAUUCUGUUAAUUUGGUGAAACUACAUUGUUUGAUUUGCUCAUCUUAAAACAAUGUGUAUUUUAUCUGGAAAAA